AAGACGGAGCGGGAUCAGCGGGCGGGGCAUGACGCACUAUUGGGGCUGUAAAACGGAUACGCAGCAACAUUAGGAAUUUGGGAUUGUUGCUUGCCGGUGGCCCCUUGAACUAUCCGCGAACAGAAGAAGAAACGCCAGCCGUUCACAAAUUCAGACUUCACAAGUGCACAUAGUACAACAAACCGCUGGUCAUCAUGGCACUAGACGGAUGUGGCCUCGUGUGCAAAUACAUCCUCGUCCUUUUCAACAUCAUCUUUGCGGUGGUUGGCUUUGCCCUAUUGGGUCUAGGUCUGUGGCUAAGGUUCAGCAACAACACCAGAGGCAUCUUUGAAGUAGAGGCUCUCAACUCAAGCGCAUUUGUUGUGGGUGUGACGGUUCUGAUAGCGCUGGGUUCAGUAAUGCUGAUCGUGGUGGUGUUUGGAGACUACGGUGCCUGCAAUGAGAAAAGAUGCGCUCUGCAAGUGUUCUCUGCUCUUCUGGCCAUACUGGCAGGAGCUGAAGUUGUCUUUGGAGUGCUUGCUUAUUCCAAGAGAUAUGAGGUUGGAGCUAGCAUGGCAGAGUUCUAUGCUAGCAUUUACACUCUGUAUGUGACAAGUGGAGGAGAUGCAGCCAUUGGUGUCACACUCAAAUUUGUCCACGAAAUGCUUCACUGUUGUGGAGUGACGGGGGCCAAGAUAAUAGAAGUGGUACAGUCGACUUGUCCCAAGCCAGAUGGACUUAUUGAGCACAUCGUCAUGCCUAACUGUCCUACGGUCAUCACAACUGUCUUUGACAAUAAAGCAUCACUGGUGAUGGGAAUCUUCUUUGGAACUGGAGCUCUUUUGAUUGUUGCCCUGGUCUGCUCCAUCAUUCUCCUGAAGCAGAUCAAGAAAGUCAAUCAGGAGAUCACUACGUACUACUCAACCGUGUACUAAAGAGGAGGAUUCUGUUUUCAACCCUCACCCUACUCUGCCUCAUCAACAAAGACCAUUGCUGGAAUUCAAGCUGAACACCCAUUGAGUCAGUGUUUGCAGAUUUUUCUCUGUUCGUCAACUACUGAUCACACCAGUUCUUGAAAAAGAAUAGUGUUAAAUUGCAUUUUCUUUUAUUAUCUUAAAAGAUGACAUUGAGCUAAUAAUCUGACCUAUUUUGAAGCUGUAAAACAAAUGCCUCUGUUCAGAGCAACCAACCAUUUAAAAAAAAAUAAUCAUGGUGAAAUGGAUGUUGCUUAUAAUUCAAUAUUAUCCAUCCAACUAGAAACUGUGACACCUUGACAGCAUGUGUGUACUAGCCUGACAGACCUCCAGAUCACAGGUGGACAUAUGAUAAAUAAUCAGAGGAUGAAAACAGCAUAUCCAUGGAAUGACAAAUUCAGUUGGGAGGAGGACAGGAGACUUGUUUAUAUGUCCACAUGCCUGAUACACAUUUUUGCAGUUAUCCUCAUAUGCUGUGUUUUGUAACAUGACAGCAGCUUGAAUGCUUUUGCUAAGGUUUUGUGCUUUUUAUGUCUGUUGCUCUAUGUAGAGUUAAAUACUCACUGAGCCAUGACAAAUAUCACCAUUUGUGUUAAAAAUGUAUGUACAAAAGCAAAAGGGAUCUUUUUUUGUUUAUUACCUUUCUAUAGGAGGUGCAGUGUUGCAUUGAUCAUUUUCCUUCCCAUAGUUUUCCAUAAUGUUAUAAAGAUUGCAUUCCUUGAUUUCACUUGAUUUCCUUUUAAUGAUGAGUGUUGGGCCACAGGACUGGCCAUUAAAAAAAAAACGAUAAGAACCUUCUGGAGUGUAACAAAUGUUCUACAGGCUUUCCUCAGCCAAGAGGUUCUAUUUGGGGCUGUAUAAACAUUUUAAAUGUCAUGCUUUAGAGCUGUGAAGUGUCAAGUGUGACCUUCUUGUAAAUGGUGAAUUGAUACAGAGGAAAGAACUGUGCCAUUCAAAUACAUAUUGCUAACUUUUCAUUCUGUCAGGUUCUUGUUCAGUGACCAAAUAACAGUACAUUAAGUGUCCCUGUUUGGAGAGAAAACCGCCAAAUGCCACUCUCUGUAUACUACAGUACUAACUACUGCAUUGCACUGUAUUGUUUUUAAGUUAAGGGUUUUAGAAAUAAAUAUUCCAUGGAGUAUUUUUUCCUCUUCAAUAAAUGUGUACUUGUUUCCAUAAAAUGACAAAA